UUCCAGUCUAUUAUUGUCUUUGGUGUAGUCCAGCUGGUCUGGUCGGUGUGAAAGACAUAGCACUCUUAGCACUUAUUGUAUUUAUUAUUUCACCGUCAACGGGUUUAAAAAAUGUACUUUACGUUUUCUCAUAACAACUCACUGGACGACAGUUUCCCUUCCUCCCCACAGGAAGACCUGGGUUCUCAACGGUUGUCCUGGGGGAAUCUGGUGCAGAAACUAACCGUAAUCAAAAGGAUCAAUCAACGGUUGGCAGACAAAGAUCAUUGCAGUUGGAAUAGUGACACUGGAUCAGUCACAGACAUGUCCAUGAUAUCAGAGUCUGACAGCGGUCUCUUCUACAGCCCACUGGAGGAGUCUCUCUGUGCCCACAUUGUAAAGACCAUUGUCGAGAGCCUCUCUGACGCUACGGACACUGUCCUGUGCUGCUCCAAACUGGUCCUACCAGAUACUCUCCUGCACAACAUCAGUCGGGAGCUUCUCCAUCUGGCUGCGAGUGAGCCUUGCGGCCUCAAGGGGGCGCUCAUUGACCUGUGUGUGGAGCAGGGGGACCAACAAGGAGAACUGUGUAGUGUGGAGCAGAUAGCCGUGGACCAUAACCUGGUUCCUACCUUCCAUCUCACCCUCGUGCUACGGCCAGAGGUGGGGGGGUUGUGGCCCAAGGUGCAGAGACUCUUUGGGGGCCGGAGGGCUGUGUCCCCCCAGAGGCAGAGUGGGAGACACACACUCAGGCUCAGUACCGGGUUCAGGGCUAUCAAAAGAAAGCUGUAUAGUUCAGGAGAGCUGCUUGUUGAAGAGUGCUGACCUYGCAAGAGCUAUGGGUGUUUUGUAGUAGAUAUCAGACCUGAGUCUAAUAAUACAUAUCUGAAAUACUUUGAUAUACUUAGUAUGCUCCACUUUGUUUGGUUUGCCUGCUACAAUGGAACCAGUGUAAUGUUCCCAAAAGUGCAAAUCAAGCAUGCUUCAAUAGUUUGACUCUGGUCGGAUGUAUAUAAUAUUGUCUGACUCUGGUCUGAUGUAUAUAAUAUUGUCUAUGACUCUGGACUGAAGACAACACUACAUUGAGAGAAGCCUUGUAUGGCUCUGUGUGAUAGAAGUGAUUUCAGAUAUUCCACUGUGGUCACCAAUGUACCUAAAAACUCACUCCACUUCUGAGGGUGUGUAGGUACCCUGAAUAGUCAAAUUCUGAAGAUGCUCUUAAUUCACAUAGUGGGGCAAAAAAAGAUUGUGCAACAAUGUUAACCAUGUAGUUUUUUUUUGUAUAUGCUAAAAUGUAUUGAAUGUAUUCUAGGGAACACAUCUUAUGGCAGCUUUUCCACAUCAAUUGACAUGUGGAGACAAUUGAAUGUAAGAUAUGGCGAUUAAGACAAUGCAAAACUGCUGUUUUUGAACCAUGGAUUUGAUUAGACAGUAUUGAUACUCAUAUUCACCUGAACUGCUUUUUGUACUUUCCUUCAAGAACUUGAAACUGAAACUAAAAUACAUUUUCAAAUUAAAAUAUCCAUGUGAAAUAUUUUGUUUGUGGAUCAAAUAUUUGUCUCUGUAAUAAAAUAAAACUACACUA